AUGGAUUGCAAGAGCAAUGCAAACGAGAUUUUCUCGAAAAACAAGAUGUUUAAGUUACUCCUACGACCUAUUUCUAUGCGUUUCCUGAGCGAUAAGACUAAUAAGGUUAAGACCUCGACGAAACCGAAGGAGCCGCCUAAGCCCAAGUUAUCUAGCAAACUGUCAAAUACGCCACGACCCCCAAAGGAUCCGGCCGAUGAGGGCUAUGCGCCAGAUAGUGUUAAUCACGAGGGCAUCGAGGUGGCGGACUUUGUAAGACCGGAAGCUUAUCGACAAUUUAGCGGACCAGAUGAGUGCCUCGGUCCCGGUGCUGGCAAGAAAUAUGACUAUAAAAAUGCCCACUACUUUGCGUAUCAUCGCUUCAGUUUUGUUGAGCUGCAGAAUCAAUCAUUGGAGCUACGUGACGAACGGCGCAUCAGUGGCGGUGUUCAGGUGAUAAUCGAGGUCGACGCGGACGAGGACGACUUCGCUGAUAACAGCUUGGAGGCCAUGAGGGAUCGGCAAGCAGAAUGUGAUGAGCAGCUCACGGCUCAGGCGAAGGAUAUUGAAAAUGAAAAACUUCAAGCUUGGUGUGAUUCCAUAGAGAAGAAGCAGCAGGAGAUAGCCAAACUGCAGAUAUCUAAUAAAUCACCUGAUGAGCAAAUGGAAUUGUGUGCAGACUUGGAGAAAAAAAAGCUAGACAAAUCACAACUGUUGCAAAUUAAGAAGCGAGCAAUUGAAAAACAAAGACAGGAAAAACAGAAAAUGAAAAAACAAAUUGGUAAGAAAGUCAAGGAAAUUUUAGCCGGUUGCACAACUGGACUAAAGACUGAAAAGACGGAACAGGACAAGGUAUUAGCCGAAUGUAAGGAAAUGGUCAAAGAAGUCACAGAUGAACUCAUGGCUCAAGUGCUCACAGCCAAAGGAAAAAACGAGGCGACUCAGGAAGUGUCAUGUAAAGAAAAACUAGAAAACAAAGAUGACAAAGCGGCAAUGAAAAACGCUAAGCCAAAAGAAUCCAUAGAGAAAUGUAAAAAACCUAAAGAUAAGGAGGCUGACAAAAAUACGGGGAAAUGUGACAAAAAGACGGAGAUAUGUGAAGAACCCAAAGAAAAGGAAACCAACAAAAAGGCGGAGAUAUGUGAAGAACCUAAGAAAAUUGAAACUGCCAAAGAGUCGCAGAUGUGUGAAGAACUUAAAAAAGAUGAAACUAACAAAAAGCCAGAACAAUGUCCCAAAGAUGACAAAAAGUAAAAAUAUAAUUGUACUUUUUAGCCAAGACCACAGCCAAGCCAAGAUAUUCACCUACCACAGAAGAACUCAACUUGACAACAUGAUGGGCGUCUUUGCUAUGCUUACUUAGCGGCGUCACAAACCAUCGCCAUAUACAAGCAGUUGCUCUCAAACUUUGCCUCUCACAUACAAAUUGUAUUUCCGUUUGUCUUUUGUUGUUU